GAGUGAGAAGUUAUAGAAGAAGAAGCUGAGAAGAUGAUGUGUGUGCAGUUCAGCAGCGCUGCAGCAUUCGGGGCACUGAUUUAGGGUUUUACAAAGCUUGCUUUGCUGUGCUACAAAGCUCAAACCUUUGCACAUUGAGCCGCUCCAGUCUAGUCUCUCCCUCGCAAGGCCCUGCAUUGCCGUCCUCACCAUCGACAGCUGCUGCAGCUGCCCCCCAUUUUCUCAUCGCAGUGAUGGCUGGCUUGGUGCUGCAUUCACCGAAGGUGAACAAAAAUGCCUAUAAGACUUUGAUUGCCGCCGAGUACGUCGGUGUCAAGGUGGAGACCACCCCUGACUUCCAGAUGGGAGUGACUAACAAGACCCCGGAAUUCUUGAAGUUGAAUCCCAUCGGAAAGGUCCCAGUUCUUCAGACUCCCGACGGACCCAUUUUCGAAAGUAACGCCAUGGCUCGCUACGUGGCUAACAAGAAGGAUGUGGGUCUGACCGGUUCAUCGGCCUAUGAAAAGGCGUUGGUGGAGCAAUGGAUCGAUUUUUCUUCCUUGGAGGUCGAUGCCAACAUCGGAAGAUGGGUGUACCCUCGUCUUGGAUAUUUUGCCUUCAUCGAGGAGGUGGAAGCCUUUGCCAUCAGCAACUUGAAGAGGGCGUUGACCUGCUUAAAUGGGCACCUUGCAUCUCGAACAUACUUGGUUGGCGAAUCAGUGACACUAGCCGAUAUUGUUCUUACCUGCAAUUUGGCAACGCUUUUUAAGGUGGCUGCUACCAAGGAAUUCACCUCGGAAUACCCUCACGUGGAGAGGUACUUCUGGACUCUCGUUAAUCAGCCUAACUUUAAGAAAAUCGUCGGAGAGGUCGCCCAAGCCGUCAAGCCUUUGGGAUUACCCUCUCCCCAGACUGCAAAGCCUUCCGUAGCUGAGAGGGAAGCUCCCAAGAAGGAUUCUGCACCCAAGCCGAAAAAGGAGAAGGCCGCACCGGCACCGAAGCCAACACCCGCACCCGAGGUUGUUGAUGAGGAAGAGGCUGCACCAGUGAAGAAGCCAAAAAAUACUCUAGAUUUGCUCCCACCUAGUCCAAUGGUUCUUGAUAACUGGAAGCGUUUAUAUUCUAACACCAAGGCUAAGGAUUUUCAUUUGGCAAUUAGCGGAUUCUGGGAAAUGUUCGACGCUGAAGGUUACUCUUUGUGGUUCUGUGAUUACAAGUACAAUGACGAGAACCAAGUAACCUUUGUGACUAUGAAUAAAGUUGGAGGAUUCCUUCAAAGAAUGGAUUUGGUUAGGAAGUACGCUUUCGGAAAGAUGUGCAUUCUUGGCGAGGAAGCUCCUUUCAAGAUUAGAGGAGUCUGGCUCUUCAGGGGACAAGACAUGCCACAGAUGGUCAUGGAUGAGGUCUACGAUGCCGAACUCUACGACUGGACCAAGGUGGACAUCAGCAAUGAAGAACAGAAAACGCUUGUGAAUGCCUACUUCGAGGAGCCUGACACAAUCCAAGGCGAGAAGCUCUUGGAAGCUAAGUGCUUCAAGUGAUCUGUCACUUGGGUAAAUGCUAGUAGAUCUGUGGUGGAUUCUAUUUGGAUCGUUUACAGCAAUAUUUAUUAUGCAGAAUCUUAACCUCAUUUUUGGAGUAGAACUCGGUUGGGACUCUAACCUUGAAAGCGCAACACCAGGUCGCGUCUGACUGUUGUUAUGCGGCUUCCGAUCUUGUUGUAAGAUUUCCCGUUGUUAGGUUGUCCACGCUCGUCCGCAUGGAUUAUUAAAUGCUAUUCUUUUGCAAAGCUGAAAUCUUCGACUGCUGU